AAGUGAUCUUAUAAUUGGUUAGAUUAUAUCAAGAUAGAGAUGAACAAUUAAGAAUCUGAUUGUUCAUCAUUAAAAGUAAUAGUAAUUUAGUUGAUUUUGCUGCUACUAUUUUGAGUUUGUUGAUUUAAUUACAAUUAAAAAUGGAUUCCAAGUCAAGUCACCUUGUUUUUGUCUAUGGAACAUUGAAAAAGGGUGAACCAAAUCACCAUGUACUUUAUAACGGUAAACAUGGUUUCGCUCAAUUUGUCUCAAAAGGAUUAACCGUUAAUCCAUAUCCAUUAAUCAUCUACUCAAGGUACAAUAUACCAUUUCUAUUGGACAAACCAGGAAUGGGAAAGAGAGUCUAUGGUGAAAUUUAUGCUGUUGAUGAUUCAGUUCUUGCUGAUUUAGAUGAUCUUGAAGAUCAUCCUGAUUUCUAUCAAAGGAAACAAAUUGACAUUGAAUUAAUCAGUAAUAACGGUGAAUCAAAUGAACCAAUUAAAAUUUGGACUUACUUGUUUCCCAAAUUUAAAUCAAGUAUGUUGGAGGUUAAAUGUUUCGAUAAUUACUCUUCUUAUGGAGAUCAUGGAUUGGAAUAUGUUAUCAGCGAGGAAGUGAGAAGCCUCGAUGAACUUGAAGAUUAAUUGCCUUCGAUUACAAACUGCAGUACAAUCACAAUUUAAGACAAUCAACUUGAUAAUCAACAAUUAAAUUGAUUUUCCAUCUCUCGUGGACUUAGAUUCCAAAAUUCAAUUACCUUUCUGAUCAUUAAUCGUUGUGAUACUUUCUCUUUGUUCAAAUUGAUUGUUACUUGAUAUCUUUAAUUGUAAUUUUCUUUCGAUUAACUCAAUAAUUUGAUUGAACAAUUAAAAGUUAAUCAAAGUGUUAACAAAAAUUCCAAAUUCCAAA